AUGUACUGGAUUUCCACGGCUUCUCCAGCUGCCCCUCAAGGCGCGCCGUCGGUCCUGUUACCCUACACUAUGGGUGGGAUGCCAAGCCCGAAUGUCUCUGCUACACAGGCGACAAUACCACCCGCACACGCUGGCGCUUCCAUUUCUGGCGCCACGCCUGUGACGAUGCAUCUUUCCAUGGCGGCCCCCGCCUCACUGUCACCCAAGGAAAAUACGCUCCUGGGCACUCAUCAGGAGUUUCUCAUCGUGCGAGGCGCUGAGGGUGCUGCGACGGCGGUCUCUGUGAUGCUUCCCCUGAUGGACUCAAGUGACACACACAUGAUGAGCCUCUCUGGGGUGGCAAUGCCUCUCAACUACGUGAAGCAGACCUUUUCACCCAUGACUGGCGGCCCCGCGAUGAUGGGCUCUGGGGCCCUGCCGGCAUACCUCCCCGCUAGCGCAUCAAUGAGUAGCUCACCUUCCUCACUGUCGCUCGGCGGCAGUGGCUUUGUGAACGUCGGUGCGGCGCCCAUGGCGGCCUAUCAAGGUAGCAGCGUAUCUGGCGUGCUGCAGUCUUUCUCCUCGGCCACUAUGAGUGAGGAUACGCUUUCUUCGUUCCCAUUUUUUUCAGCUACGUCGAGUAUUGUGCCGCAGCGCUUCUCUAGCGCGGUGUCACGCUCUAGCACCACCGGCUCCUUUACGCCAACAAGUGGGAUCCUCGUACAGGCGUCGGCAUCGGCAUCGCCGGUCAACUUGUCUCCCCCUCCGCAGUACAGCACUAUUGUGAAUUCAUCAGCUGGCGGCUCGGUCAUCUUUCACCAAGACUCCUGCAACGAGGGUAGUGCAGCCAGACCCAUCUUCGGCUCCCACCCAACUCCUGUGGUACGCAAGGGCGACGCUGGCAGAGGUUACGAGGCCGGCGUGUACUACGAAGGUCGUGUGAAGCGCUUCAACCCGAUUCGCGGCUACGGAUUUGUGUCCGCCACAGCGAAACUUAUCCCGGUGCAGAGCUGCAGGCAAAUGGAGGCGGCGGGAUUCAUCAGCACCUCUGAGAAGCAGAGCAACGCAUGGGAGGCAAAAUCGCUGAAGACAUCAGACGACGGCGACAAGGAGGGCAACACCGGCAAGGAUGCUUCUCUCAUAGUAGUUAGUGGUGGCGUGGACGCCGCUGCGGAGCCGCACGUUCAAAUCAGCGGGGACAACAUUGUGUACAUUAAGGGAGCUCCUUAUGUCCGCCAUGCCGUCUCGAUGGGAGACAUUUUUGUCCACUACAACUGCCUGCAGCGCUGGCUGAGGAAGGCAAGCACGGAGGCGAACGGAGACUUGGUAAACCUGCGGGCCGGGUCGCGAGUGCAGUUCAAGGUGGAGAUGUUUGUCCCGGCGGAGCUGCUGAAGGUGUCGGACAACAAGGAGGCUGCAGCAAUGCUGAACAGCUUGGGCAUACCUGGGAAGGGACACACACACACACACACACUCCUCCUCGGCAGUGCACUGCUCACGCGUAGGGAUCGUCGGGGUUCUGUAAGGAGUUGUAACCCUCCCUUGUUACACUGCGCCACACCGAUACCUCGCAAAGUGGCGAGCCGCACCGUCCGCGCCCCUGUAGUCACGGACUCUGCGCAUGGAAGAAUGUUCAUUACGUCACGCUCGCCGAGAACACAAUAA